CUUGAAGUUUCUCACAAUCAAAAAUAUUAUCGAUAUAUAACUUUUUUGCAAAUUACUCUUAUUUCUGAUAUUUAACGUGUCAAAAUUUAUCUAUAAAAAAUGAUGUUUAACCUCACGUUUAUCAUCAUUGUGAAACAAAAUUAUCGCUCUUAUGAUUCGUGCGAUAUGAGCGUAAAAUCUAUAAUUUCACCGAAUUCACAGAAAACAUAUAAACUUAAUGUUUGAUAAGGGAAAGGAAACUUUAUAAAUCAUCAAGAUCGUAGAUGUGUGCCACUAAUACACCUUAUGGAUCAAGAUCCUCCGAAAAUUCCGCAGAUGACGUCAGGUUUCAUCAACCUCAUCCAGCACAUCCUCCACCUUACAUUUACUAUCCACCACCUUAUCCUCAUUUUCAUCCAUAUUAUCCAUAUCAUCCUGGAUUUUAUUCACCGCAUUAUUACAAUGAUGUAUCCCAAGAAUCAAAAGGUUUCUCUUGGUUCAAUAUUGUAUUACUGCUUUUUUUGUUAUUGUGCAUCGUUAGCAUUGUUUUCUAUUGGUCUCUGUCUCGCGAUACACGGCGAAGAUUAAACGACAGAUUGCCUCCUUUAGUGCAACCAGCACAGGUAAACCUGGUUUCCGGUUGCUAGCAUAAUUAUUGUUUUAUAUUUAUUGUUAGUCUUCCCCGCUAUCGUUACGCUAUAGCGAUUGUUUUGAAAGUAUAAAGAUUGAUUAAUUAUGAAUCGUUUCUACGUAUAUUAAGACGAUGUUGGA